AUUACAGUCGUGAAAUUUAUUUUAUGAAGCGAGUUAGAAACCAAAAGCAUAUUUUUCCUCUACUAACCAAUUUGCUAAAUAUAGCUUUUUUCUAUUAAAACUCUCCUCCAUAGAUUCACCAACCAAUUUUUCUGUUUCUCUUUCCAGCACAACACCGAAAAAAGAGAAGAAACCAAUAACCCUUUGAAGAAAAAAGAAAACAAAAGAGAAAGAAAACAAGCAGUUUUUGUCUUGUUGAGGUUUCUGCUUUUGUUUCCAUGGCUUUGUUCAGACAUCGUUAGGCGGUAGAUAGGAGAAGAAACAAGCCUCCAGUUUUCUCUGUUGGUGUUUCAGCCAUGAACGAGAAAACCCGGAUUCUGUUUUCCCUCCUCUGUUUCUUCUAUGUUCUUCUGGUUUCUCCUUCUAAGUCUAAAGGCCAGGAUUUUGCGUUGAGCUGCGGGGCGUCAGAACCAUCUGUUGAUCCAGACAAGAAAAAAUGGGAAUCCGACACCAAAUUUUUGAAAACAGCGAACACGGUUCAUGCGACAGCUACUUAUCAAGAUCCUUCGCUUCUCUCGACAGUUCCUUACAUGACAGCAAGAAUCUUUACAGCUCCUGCAACUUAUGAAAUCCCGGUUAAAGCAGACAAAAGACAUUUGCUCCGGUUACAUUUCUACCCAUCAACAUACACAGGACUCAACAUUGCCGACUCUUAUUUCUCUGUGGCAGCUAACGACGUUACCCUUCUAAGCAACUUCAGUGCGGCUAUCACAUGUCAAGCCUUGACACAGGCUUACCUCGUUAGAGAAUAUUCUCUUGCACCAAGCGAAAAAUAUGUUUUGACCAUCACGUUUACUCCCUCAGAUAAACACCCAAAGGCGUUUGCUUUCAUUAACGGCAUCGAGGUUGUUCAGAUGCCGGAACUGUUUGAUUCGGCUGUUCUUGUUGGGUUCGCAGACCAGACAGCAGAUGCUAAGACAUCAAAUCUUCAGACGAUGUUUAGGCUUAAUGUCGGUGGUCAGGAUAUUCCCGGAAGCCAAGACUCCGGCGGAUUAACCAGAACUUGGUACAACGAUGCACCUUACAUAUUUAGCGCAGGUCUUGGUGUUACCCUUCAAGCAAGCAACAAUUUCAGAAUUGAUUACCAGAAAAUGCCUGUUUCAACCGCUCCAGCCGAUGUCUACAAAACAGCUCGAUCACAGGGACCAAACGGAGAUAUCAACAUCAAAUCAAACCUCACAUGGAUGUUUCAAGUCGAUACGAAUUUCACCUACAUCAUGAGACUCCAUUUCUGUGAAUUCCAGCUUUCUAAAGUCAAUCAGAAAGCUUUCAACAUUUACAUCAACAACAGAACUGCACAAGCGGAUACCAACGCUGCAGAUAUACUCGCAUGGACAGGAGGGAAAGGCAUCCCAACAUACAAAGAUUACGCAAUAUACGUAGAUGCCAACAACGGAGGAGCAGAAGGCGAGGAGAUUUCGCUUCAGAUGACUCCAUCUGUAGCUGCUAGGCCAGAGUAUCUCGAUUCGCAGCUAAACGGGCUAGAGAUUUUCAAGAUGGAGACGAUGAAAAACCUCGCGGGUCCAAACCCAAAGCCAUCAGCUAUGCAAGCCAACGAAGAUGGUAAAAAGGAGUUUCGAACUGACAAAAGAAUCACAGCUUUCGUCAUUGGUUCAGCUGGAGGAGUUGCAGCGGUUUUACUCUGCGCGUUGUGCUUCACCAUGUAUCAAAGGAAACGAAAGUUCCCUGGAAGCGAAUCCUACACAUCGAGCUGGCUUCCUAUUUACGGAAACUCCCACACAUCUGCAACAAAAUCUACUAUAUCUGGUAAGAGCAACAACGGAAGCCACCUAUCUAAUCUCGCAGCGGGUUUAUGCAGAAGAUUCUCACUGCCUGAAAUCAAACACGGGACACAAAAUUUCGACGAGUCAAACGUAAUUGGAGUGGGAGGGUUUGGUAAAGUAUACAAAGGAGUUAUAGAUGGAGGCACAAAAGUGGCAAUCAAGAAAUCAAACCCGAACUCAGAACAAGGCCUAAACGAAUUCGAGACGGAAAUCGAGCUUCUCUCGAGGCUAAGGCACAAACACUUGGUGUCCUUGAUCGGAUACUGCGACGACGGAGGAGAAAUGUGUCUGAUAUACGAUUACAUGGCCCUUGGAACACUCAGGGAGCAUCUCUACAACACGAAGAGGCCUCAACUGACUUGGAAACGAAGGCUAGAGAUCGCCAUUGGAGCUGCGAGAGGACUCCAUUACCUUCACACAGGAGCAAAGUACACGAUUAUACACCGUGACGUGAAAACCACAAACAUCUUGCUCGACGAGACUUGGGUUGCGAAAGUUUCCGAUUUCGGUUUAUCCAAAACCGGGCCGAAUAUGAACGGAGGCCAUGUGACGACUGUCGUCAAGGGAAGUUUCGGAUAUUUAGAUCCAGAAUACUUUAGAAGACAACAAUUGACUGAGAAAUCAGAUGUUUACUCUUUCGGUGUUGUUCUAUUCGAGAUCUUAUGCGCGAGGCCGGCUUUGAACCCUAGCUUGCCCAAGGAACAGGUGAGUCUCGGAGAUUGGGCGAUGAAUUGCAAACGAAAAGGGACUCUAGAGGAAAUAGUCGAUCCUAACCUGAAAGGGAAGAUCAAUCCGGAAUGUUUGAAGAAAUUUGCAGAUACGGCGGAGAAAUGCCUCUCCGAUAGCGGAUUAGAUCGGCCGACGAUGGGAGAUGUGUUGUGGAAUCUCGAAUUCGCGCUUCAGCUACAGGAAACUGCUGACGGAACACGUCAGCGAACGCCUAGUAAUGGCGGUGGAUCGGAGGAUUUGGGCGGAGGAGGAGGAGGCAUGGUGGUCAACGUCGGCGCCGGUGAACAGGACGUGAGUGACCUGUCCUCCGAAGAAAACAGCGGAAUAUUUUCUCAGAUUGUAAAUCCCAAAGGGCGAUAAGGUAAUUUACAGCCGAACAAAAAAAAAAUAUAAUCCG